AGCACACAAACUCAUAAGCUUUUCGAUCCAUUUCAGCUCAUUCUUUCAGCAAAAAAAAAUAUUAUUGUUUUCAAGUUCAGAAAGUAGAACCUAAGAAUGGCAGCAAUGUUGAAAUUUGCAAGUUUAGUCCUAGCUUGCAUGAUUGCGGUUGCACCAGAUGCAGCUGAAGGUGCAAUUUCUUGUGGUAUGGUCACCUCCAAGAUGGCACCAUGCCUCGGCUACUUGACGGGAGGUACUCUUCCAGCUACAUGCUGUGCAGGAGUCAAGUCUCUCCUUGCAUCUGCUCAGACCACCCCUGACCGUCAAGCUGCUUGCAGUUGCUUGAAGAGCGCCUCUGGUGGUAUCGCCGGGAUUAACUAUGGAAAUGCUGCCUCACUUCCAAGCAAAUGUGGUGUUAACAUCCCUUACAAGAUCAGCCCCUCUACUGACUGCACCAAGGUACAGUAAAUACCAAAAUCAUACCAUAGGAGGAUUUGCAUUUAGCCAGAAUCAAGGAGCUACUGAUGUAUGAUGAAGAAUAAAAUGGAUGUUUAGGUGAUGAAGCUUUAUGUAGCUUCGUUAGCUAUAACAUUCACUGUGAUGUUGUUGUUUUUUUUUGUAGUAGAAUGAGUUUCUCUGUUGUGUUUUCGUAUCAUCUAAACAGAUCAGACAUUUCCUGGUAGUUUAUGUAAUCCUCCCACUUUUAAUUAAUGAAAAUGAAGAUUUACUUACUAUUA